AAAGCAGAGCAGGGGGAGGAGGGGUUGAGGGCUGUUGGGAAUUCAUCGCCACCACCUCUCUCUCCAACUCUUCUGGCAGCGCCCGACACAGAAGCAAAGGGAGAGCACACAGGACAUGAGCAAAAUAGAUACCCGGACACUUUCUAUCCCCCCGAAGUUGGAUUGAGGUCGAUGCUGAGAUUUUGAGAUUUAGCAAGGUUGGUUGGAUGUGUCUUUGUGUUACAUGUGAUCCAGGAUAUAGGAGAGAAGAACUCAGGAAGAACUACCCUGCCGAAACACGUCAGAUAAAAAAAAAAAUAUUGUUUCUAUUGAACAUGCCAUACAAAUAAAGGCAUUUUAAUUAAUUAUAUGAAGAGUGCCUUGGUCCUCCUUUCUUUUUGAUACCCUGUUGACCCGUUGGAAGUAGGAUUGCACAACCACAAGUAGCGCUUUUGUUUUGUAACGUCGGUACUUCUUUUGGGAAAACAAUUUGUACUUUUUCACAUUGAAAUGUGUUUUAGAUGCUAGAGGAUCUUUUUGCGGGGACUUUUAGGAUGUCGUCCUCAAAGGGUCUGUGAUCGAACACCCAAAGCUGUCCGUUUUGGAGGGUUCUGACCGGAUGACAGCCCAGGAGAUGCACCAGAGUGGCAUCUACAGCUACUUCCUCAACAUGUUUGCCUACCAGAUAUGUUGCUGCUGUGGCCCGGCCCCGUGCUCGCUGUGCUGCUCCUUCUGCCCCCCGGUGAAGUCGUCGUCCAGCACGAGGAUCAUGUACACCCUCUUCCACAUCAUGGCCUGUGCCGUUUCCUGCCUCAUGCUCUCACGCACCGUCUCCGAGGCCGUCCGGGAGAAUGUGCCUUUCUUCAACAUGGUGUGUGACCAGGCCCAUGGCGGAGGGCACUGUGAGAUGCUGGUUGGCUACUCAGCGGUCUACAGGGUCUGCUUCGGUACCGCCUGCUUCUACCUGAUGAUGGCGCUGUUCCUCAUCGACGUCAAGUCCAGCCAGGACUUCAGAGCGCUCAUCCACAAUGGAUUCUGGUUUCUGAAGUUCAUCACCCUGCUUGGGAUGUGUACUGCUGCAUUCUUCAUCCCUACUGAGUCGUUCCUGCAUGCCUGGCACUACGUAGGCGUGGUGGGAGGAUUUUCCUUCAUCCUCAUCCAACUUAGCCUCAUCACAGCGUUCGCCCACACCUGGAACAAGAACUGGUUGACGGGGGCGGCGGAGGACAAGCGCUGGUACCUGGCGGUGAUGUGUGCAACCCUGUUCUUCUACACCAUCGCAACCAUGGCCUUCACCUUCAUGUAUAAGUACUACACCCACCCCACCGCCUGCCAGUCCAACAAGGUCCUGCUCUGGACCAACCUGACCCUGUGUGGCAUCAUGUCCUUCAUCGCAGUCACGCCCUGUGUACAGCAGAUGGUGUACCAGGGGGUGAAUAUGACGGUGUGUUACCCCAGUGUGGGUCAGGAUGGCGUCCAGAAAGAGACCAACGCUGUGGCCAUCAUAGGAGCUGCCAUCAUGUACUGCUGUGUGCUCUUCGCAUGUAACGAAGCGUCCUACCUAGCAGAGGUUUUCGGCCCUUUCUGGAUGAUCAAAGUUUACCGCUAUGAGUUCCAGAAAGCCACAUGCUGCUUCUGCUGCCCUGACGAAGAGGAAGAGGUGGAGUUUGUGAUUGACGAAGAUUUCAAGGGCUGCCAGAAGGUGAUUCAAAACGAGAGCCAGAGAGUGGCUUACAGCUACUUCUUCUUCCACUUCGUCUUCUUCCUGGCCUCGCUCUACGUCAUGAUGACCCUCACCAACUGGUUCAGCUAUGAGUCGGCGGUGCUGGAGACCACGUUCACCCACGGCAGCUGGUCCACGUUCUGGGUGAAGAUGUCGUCGUGUUGGGCAUGCGUGGUGCUCUACCUCUGGCUGCUGCUGAGCCCACUCUGCCACUGUGGCUCCGACUCGCACCGCCCGCGACGCUCCCGCAUUAAACGCCGCUCAGCCAACUCCUCCAGCCACGUCAGUGUCAGCGUCUGACCUGUGACCUUUGGGCCAGAGCCUGGUUUCUGGGGGUGGAGAACAAGACAGGACAGCUGGCAGGGGAAGAUGGACAACUACCCCCGCUGUGGUACCCUGAGGGUGGGAGGUGGUUUUGAUUAUGUCCCCUUGCACCCUCCACCUGCCUCCCAUAUGUCAGGGUCAGAGAUGAGAGGUCAAGGGUCAGAGACUCACUCCAGCUAGAAGGACAGACUAAUAGACUAGCCAGAGGAUUAAUUAUUGAAUCUGAUGUUCCUCACAGACCACCUGAACCUCCAAACACAGACCAAGAGACUAACCAGACUGUGCUCUGAAACAGGAACAAAGACCCUAUAGAGAAACAAUACAUCCUGCCAUCCAAACUAAUUUUGCUACAUUUCACCAUUGUUUCACUCGGUGAGUGAAGUAUUUAACCAGGCAAGAACCACUAUGGACUACUAUGCUGAGACUGCCAAAGGGAACAAAAAGGAUGAGCUCUCGACUCGUGUACGACGGGAGCUGUAGGGAAAUGUUGGCUGACUUUUUACUCUCUUUGAAUCUUUUAUUUCUUAUAGUAAGGACUGUGUAGCAUUUUUAGAAUUACAACCAGGGUAGAUUUGUCAGUAGGAUCAUUAUUUUUCUCACAGGGGUCUCUCAACAACUGAAGGUUUACAUGAAUGCUUCGCAAUGUUUCGGUAAAAGUUUCCCUGAAAGUUUCACACCAUUUCGAAGGUUUACAUGAACAUUUUGCACAUUUGUGUGUUCAUUUGAAUACCUUUACUGUUUUAUUAUGUUCGCUCUGGUGUGGAGCUAAAGUGAAUUAUUCUAAAAUAUUACAUCACACUUUCGCCAACAGGUAUAAUGCUAUAUUACUUUUAUAAGCAUGUAUGAGCCUUUAUAAUGCCUUACAAUAAGGCCUAUAAUGUUUUAUGUUGGCCGAGCAAAUUUCCAACUGACCUAAUGGCUUAUAUAGUCAGGAUCAUUAUGAGAUGAUUACAACACAUUAUAAGGGGUUCAUAUAUCCUUCCGGAGACACUUGAAACCCUACCUCUUUAAGGAAUACCUGGAAUAUUAUAAAGUAAUCCUUCUACC